CUUCCUUUAUCUCCGCAGGUUCGGAAUAUGUUCAAAGAUCAGGCUUGUCCUCUCAUGAAGGGAAAACCCAAGGUUUUCCUUUUCAACUUUUGUCGCGGAAAAACUCUCGAAAGCUUCUCUGGACAUAGUAUAGGCGACGAUAUACCUUGGACGUCACAGAACGCGGUCGGCCGCGACAAGGUAUCUCCCACAAAGGACGAAGCCCCGCGUGACAUGCUAACCGUCUACGCGUCGACGGAAGGCUUCAAGGCUUUUAGGACGAACGAAGGAACUUUGUUCGUGCGGUCCCUGUGCCAAACUCUAGCCGCCCACGCCCACAACACGGACAUGGUCAGCAUGGUUCAGAAGCUGGACCAACUCAUGACAGCAAGACGACACGCUACAACGCCGGAGGCACAGAGCUUCGGCUUCAAGAAGUUUUUCCUGAAUCCAUUGGAGCCGUCCGACGCUUGAUACUGUUCUGAGUCUCCAACGAUGACUGCGCUUCCUUGCAUGCUGGCGGGUGGGCGUGAGUGCCGGCUUUCGUAAUCAGGACCGCUGUCGGCUUUUUGGAAUGUUGUGUCCUACCCGUCUUUUUCAUUACAAUUAUGCACACCUAUACUUAUGUAUAGGUGUGUAUAUACGUGUGUACAUGUUUGUUUGUUUGCUUGUGUGUGUGUUCAUUUGCUAGUUAUCGAUUUAUGUGUCCCUUAUGUAUCCAUCGCUAUUUUGAUUACUAAAAGACAAUGGUAAAAUGAUAAAGUUAUAGCUAACGCUAUACCGGCAAUUAAUAUGCUUUGAGUAGAUUUUCAUUUUAAUUGAACUCAUCAGUUCACUCUCUUUUGUGUGCUUAAAAAUGAUCCUGGACUUUUAAAGAAUGGGUCGAUAUCGACAGCCAAUUUCGCCGCGUAAAUUACUUGCGCCCUUCAGCUUUCUUUUUAUUCCUCCUUCAAGUUCUGUUUAGUUUGAAUUACGUUUUUGCCUCAAGGAAGAGAUAGAACAGAAUAGAGGGAACUUGAACAUAUAAAUAACAAUUAUAAGACUCAAAUGUUCUGCUAAACGACUGUUGCCGUAACAGAAAGAGAGAAAAAGUCCUUUCUCGCUCUCCCCCACUUAUAACUAAUAUAUGUAAUCAUCUCAGUCAUUUAAAAAUGACUGAGAUGAUUACAUGGCUUAUAUAGACGCGAAUUAAAGUUCCACCCAUGCCCAAUCCAACCAUUUUGAGCAUUAAUUUUUAUUUACUGCAAGCUAAUAGCUAUAUUCCAUUGAACAUACCGUGAUUUGGUCUCAAAUUUGGGGAUUUUCUCUCUGGAUGCGAACUUUACUCAAAUGAAUCCAUUUCCUGUCUCUUCUCCACAAACAGAUGGUAAUGUUUCUGUAACCAAUUUGAUUAGUUUUUCAACUGCUUGAAUAUGGCAAGGGAGUCCUUCAAAAUUGAGCUUACACUAUUCUUUUGAUGUGCCUAUCAGUGAACUCCAAAGGAGGUUCUGCCACAUCAGUAAGUAGAGUUUGUAGAAACUUUGAUCGAUUCUUAUAUUAGAUUUUGCAUUACAACCUUUCUUGAUUUCGGAAAUCGGCUGAUUAAAGAGAGGAAAUUAUUUGGCGAUGCUGCUUCCUCCAUUGGCUCUUCCUUACUGCAAUCUAUCUCCGAGGCAACUACUUUAGAAAACUUCGGGGACGUCUUAUUUUCAUACAUGUACUAUGAUGCACCAAGAAGGAAUGCUAUUGUUUUGUAUUUGUCUCACUGAUAUAUGUUAUAUUGUUAA